AGAAGAUAGUACAGGAACGAUUUUUUCCCUGUUUGCUCCGGAGUACUUCCAGUUUCUCCUGGUACUGGAACAAACCUUCUGUCAAUAUAGCCGAAGUCGUUUGUUUUGUUCGCCGGGUUACACGUGGAUUUUAGGAAUUUUUAGCUUGUUUACGUAUAUUAUUUCUCCGUUGCUGGAAAUUAAAUUCGUCAGAAUUGAAAUGGGUCGUAAAAGCUUUCACGGGCGUAAUCGGCAUCAUCCUAACAAUACAUGUGAUGCUUCCCGUCCGGAUUUUGUUAAAAAAGCUGGUAUACACAACGGCGAUACUUCCCUGAGACAACCUGGUGAAAGGCGUCCCGGUCAUACUUUUGAUCUGAAGGAAAAACAUGUGUAUAUUACCGAAUACGUUUCUACCGGAGAAGGUUUUCUGGGAAUUAUAAAGUCAAGAUUUUCCGACUUUCACGUCAACGAAAUUGAUAGUGAGGGAAACGAGGCAGUGCUCAAUGUGUUGACUGUCCCCAAUCACCCAAAAGAGGAAAUGGAGGAGAAACCCGAAAGCGAGGUAGAAUCAAUACUAACACAACUUAUUACGAAGGCAAAUGUGGAACGGAUUCAGGAGGUUGCGCAAGAAAAAGGAAACAAUAUUGAUAUGGUUGAAAUUGACGUCACGGAACUGACAAAAAAAGAACGCGGACAGGUUCAUGUUGGUAUACAGUCACUUUUUGGUAAGCAUAUUAUUGGAAACACUGUUACCAGGGAUGAAAGGAAGUACAUUACCAUUACUGCGCGCAGUUCUUCAAAUCAUAAAGAUCGUAGACAGAAGUGGCUAUGGCCACAUCCUUUCACCUACUUUUUACUGUUCAAAGAGAAUGUUGAUACGAUACAAGCGGUGAAUAAAUUGGUUGAAGCCUUAAAAUGUUCUAAAUCUGCUCUAACUUAUGCAGGGACAAAAGAUCGGCGGGGUAAAACAACUCAAUGGCUUUGUAUAAAACAAUUCCAUCCAAAUAAAAUAAUGGCGGCUGCAAACAAGAUAAACCAUAUAAAAGUAGGCAAUUUUUGCUUCAGACCAACCACUUUAAAGCUAGGACAGUUACGGGGUAACCGUUUCCGGAUAGCGUUACGUCAGGUCUCCGCCGAUGAAUCUGUCAUUCGGGAGUCGAUAAAUGGUAUUCAAGAGAAGGGAUUUAUCAAUUACUUCGGUUUACAGAGAUUUGGAAAUAAUGCUACAGCUCCUACUUACAAGGUUGGCAUUGAAAUUUUGAAAGGCUGCUGGAAAGAAGCCUGCAAUCUUAUACUAAUGCCACGAAAUGGCGAUAUGUGGUUCAUGAAAGCUAUGCGAGAAACUUGGGAACAAACGGGAGACGCUGCGACCGCUUUGACAAAACUAUCUCCGUCAAACCGUGGCGUUGAGAAAGACCUCUUGCAGUGGUUGGCAUCCCACCACAAUGACUAUAAAGGGGCCCUUGAUCAUUUAGCAAGAAACUUGCGUCUACUGUACUGUCAUUCGUAUCAAAGCUUAAUAUGGAAUAGAGUUGCCUCACGCAGACUUCGCGAACUAGGGUACCGUGUGGUGGCGGGUGAUUUGGUAUAUGUCGAUAAAGCGGCAGAGGAGGUAUCUGACAGUUCAUCUGCAAAAGCAGAUGUAGAUGCGGGAGGAUUUAAGUUAGACCAUAAAGAAGCAGAGGAAUCUGAAGUAGAAGAAUCAAUGGCUGAGAUUUCCUUUAAAAAUUUGGUAAAACCACUGACGGAUAAAGACAUCGAGUCUGGUCAGUACACGAUUUUCGAUAUAGUUUUACCUCUCCCUGGACAUGAUAUUUCCUAUCCGACAAACGAUUGCGGCAAAUGGUACGAAGAGUUUUUGGCGGAAGAUGGUUUGUCCUCAAACAGUCUAAAACGAAAUUCAAAAAAAGAAUCACUACCUGGUGCUUAUCGAAAGGUCUUUAUGAGACCGAAUAUUGAUUGGAAGCUUAUUUCGUAUGAAAGCCCUACCGAUACUCUUAUUCUAUCUGAUUUGGAAAAACUAGCAGGAGAAAAGGAACCAGAAUCUAAGGAAGGAGCUCCCUAUAAGGCUCUGCUGCUGGACUUCACGCUACCACCGUCAACGUAUGCUACAAUGGCCUUACGAGAGAUAUUAAAAUCCGACACUUCCUCGGUAAAUCAACGCACACUGGAAAAGCUGUGUAAUGAAUCCCUGCCAGAUGAGCCUCAGGAUGAAGUUCAGAACGAUAAUAAACCCCAACAGACUGAACCGGUUGACUUAGAACCUGCAAUGAAGAAACCCAAGCUUGAUGUUGAUGACCCACCUCCAAACCCCGCCCACUGAUCGGCAUUGCAAAUGCCAUUUGAGUUAUACAAACUAUAUAUUUAUUAAUAUAUUUUUUAUGGAAAUAAUGAACCAAGACAGCGCAAUUCUAACAUUAUUAUAUCCAAUAAUUGGAUACGAAACGAUAUUUGUUGCAUUUUAAGUUCCAACAGACGUAUUGGAUUAUAAAUAGAAAUACAGGCACGAAUUUUAUAUCAUAAUA